AGAGGCGCUCCGGGCUUCGGACCCCCGGCUUUCCAGCGCUUUCCGCCCCGCGGCUUAAAUGAUGUAUUUUGUCAUCGCGGCAAUGAAAGCUCAAAUUGAAAUUAUUCCAUGCAAGAUCUGUGGAGACAAAUCAUCAGGAAUCCAUUAUGGUGUCAUUACAUGUGAAGGUUGCAAGGGGUUUUUCAGGAGGAGUCAGCAAAGCAACGCCACCUACUCUUGCCCUCGCCAGAAGAACUGUUUGAUCGAUCGAACUAGUAGAAACCGCUGCCAGCACUGUCGAUUACAGAAAUGCCUUGCAGUAGGGAUGUCUCGAGAUGCCGUGAAGUUCGGUCGGAUGUCCAAAAAACAGAGGGACAGCUUAUACGCGGAAGUACAGAAGCACCGAAUGCAGCAGCAGCAGCGAGAUCACCAACAGCAGCCUGGAGAGGCUGAGCCCCUGACCCCCACGUACAACAUCACCACCAACGGGCUCACGGAGCUUCACGACGACCUCAGUAAUUACAUCGACGGGCACACGCCCGAAGGGAGCAAAGCAGACUCUGCAGUUAGCAGCUUCUACUUAGACAUCCAGCCUUCUCCAGAUCAGUCGGGCCUCGACAUCAAUGGAAUCAAACCGGAACCGAUAUGUGACUACACACCAGCGUCGGGCUUCUUCCCCUAUUGUUCUUUUACGAACGGAGAGACCUCUCCGACUGUAUCCAUGGCAGAAUUAGACGUCUGCGAUAAGCGUUCACGGCCCACAGCGCAGGAGAUGAACUCACCCUCUGACAGGAUGGCACCUUCCUGCCCAGUACUUCGCCCGCCGUGGCCUCUCCUGGCACAUAUAGCACCAGGACACCCAGCACGGAGGCCGAGCGAACACCUUGCACAGAAUAUAUCUAAAUCACAUAUGGAAACUUGCCAAUACUUGAGAGAGGAAUUGCAACAGAUAACCUGGCAGACUUUCCUACAGGAGGAGAUUGAGAACUAUCAGAACAAGCAGAGGGAAGUAAUGUGGCAGCUAUGCGCAGUCAAAAUAACAGAAGCUAUACAGUAUGUUGUGGAGUUUGCCAAACGCAUUGAUGGAUUCAUGGAACUGUGUCAAAAUGAUCAAAUUGUGCUUUUAAAAGCAGGCUCUUUAGAGGUGGUGUUUAUCCGAAUGUGCCGUGCCUUUGACUCCCAGAAUAACACCGUGUACUUUGAUGGGAAGUAUGCUAGCCCAGAUGUAUUCAAAUCAUUAGGUUGUGAAGACUUUAUUAGCUUUGUUUUUGAAUUUGGAAAGAGUUUGUGUUCUAUGCACCUUACUGAAGAUGAGAUUGCAUUGUUUUCUGCAUUUGUUUUAAUGUCUGCAGAUCGUUCAUGGCUUCAGGAGAAGGUAAAAAUAGAAAAACUCCAACAGAAAAUUCAACUAGCCCUUCAGCAUGUCCUACAGAAGAAUCACCGAGAAGAUGGAAUACUAACAAAGUUAAUAUGCAAAGUGUCUACAUUAAGAGCGCUGUGUGGACGACAUACAGAAAAGCUUAUGGCAUUUAAAGCAAUAUACCCAGACAUUGUGCGACUUCAUUUUCCUCCGUUAUACAAGGAGUUGUUCACUUCAGAAUUUGAGCCAGCGAUGCAAAUUGAUGGGUAAAUGUAUCACCUAAGCACUUCUAGAAUGUCUGAAGUACAAACAUUAUGAAAAAAACAAAAAAAUUAAUCAAGACACUUUAUACGGCCCUGCGCAGACCUGGAGAGCCAACACACUGCACAUCUUUUGGUGGUCGGGGUCAGGCAAAGGAGGGGAAACAAUGAAACAAAUAAAAGUUGAACUUGUUUUUCUCAUGCAUAUGAUUUCCAUUAUGCCUACAGAUAUGGACCCUUUUUCUGUCUUGACGUCUCGAUCUCAGACCUCUGUUUACACAGAAUGAGGGUAUUAAGUCAGAAGAUUUCCUUUUUCUUGUAGUUCACUGCCCACAGACUUUCUACAGAGUAACCAAACUGUCAAUAAGAGCAGAGAGUCCAGUAGUAUUCGGUGACUGGUGUGCAUAGCAGAGGUUUCGGCGUUCGUUUGCACAACUUGCUCAUUGUUUCAUGAAGGAAGAUUUUUUUUUUCACCUACUAUUGCCAGUAGGCAGGAUGGCACGAAAAGAGUCCAUAGCAAUAGCAACAAUAGCAUUAUAAUAUAUUACAGGGUAAAUGGGCAUGAAGACUAUAUAUAGCUAAAGAGAUAUUGUUUAUAUAUUGUUUUAAUUAAUAUAAAAUGUAGUUACUGGUAUAGCUUUUCUUGUUGACUUGAUAAGGCACUUUCAUUUUGCACCUUUUUCUUUAAAUUAAAUGCUAGCGUGUCAUUGUUGUGUCGCAUGUGCACCAGAAAUACAAGUUUAACUGAAAAAGGUUUGGAAGGUACGUUGGGAGGUAUUUAUGCUGCUGUUUUCAAAAUUACUCUGAAAUGAAUGGCUGGUCAUAUCUGGAAAUAAUUACCUUGAUUUUUAUACCAGAAUUAAGGUCAGAAAUGGAAAGAUUUCCAAAUUAGAAUUUGCCUUUUGAAAGGUUCGCUAAACAAAUGUGUUUAUGCUUCAUAUCAAGUGUAAAUGCAGCUAUCCAUGAGAUAACUAUGAGCUUAAACAGACAUGCCCGUGGUUAAAUCAUUUCCUGAAUGGGAAGACACCAGAAAUUUGCAGUUUUCAGUAGAUUUAUCUACGCAUCCGCCCCCGUUAAUUGUCUUUGACCUAGAACAAGUCAAUAACGAGAAUACUGAAAUAUAGCUUUUUCUAAAGGAACAAAUCGGUAUACAGGAAGCACGUUUCCCUGUAUGUAUGUGUGUAUGUAUGUUUGGUAUAAUCUGGAUACCAUGAGACCAUACCACAGAAUGAGGUCUAGGUUUGAUAUCCUUAUGUUUUGUAAAUCCUAGAAUUUAUUUCAUUCUUUAUUUUACAAACAGGGAAAAAUGGCAUAAGAUAUUGAACUCAUUUCUGGCUGAUUUAAUUUUGCUGCACAAGGUAAAACUUUUUUUAAAACAAAAAUUAAGCCGAUGCUUACUGCACACGUUUACUCUUCUAUUUAUCUUCAGUUGUUACAGGGUGUUAUGCAACUUGUUGCGGUAAAUACUGAAAAGACCUUUUGGCUUUUGUGUUGGGUUGGAGGGAAGGGUUGUGGGUUGGAGAGAAGAGGUCAAAAACUUCCUUCAAAAAAUAAUAAUUUUUUAUUUUUGAAGAUACUGAGGUUUAUUUUCGAAACUGGAGAGCCAUUCAUAGACAUAAGUUUAGGUAUUCAAAUAUCAUCCCAAGUUCCAAAAUAUGCAAGAUAAUCUAUACCCCUCCCACCGUUUUCACUCUGUCUCUGUCUUAAUUUGUCUCUUCCCCAAUUUUCCGCAGCUACCAAGCUGCAGAUUUUCAUUCUGCUUUUUUCCACAGAAUGGAAAGGACAUUAUAAAAUACAACCGAGAACCAAACGUGUCACAGGUUUUGCGCAUUCCCAACUUGGAUCCAAAGGCUAGGAAAAAUGUCAAAGCACAGUCCGCAAGGAACAUGAAAUUCAGGUGUCAUGGGAAGCCUUGAGGUUAUAGCAAACUGUCCCGACUUGGGCAAAGAUUAACCAUCCAAGCAAACUCCUCCUCAGCCUCCUUGCUCCUCUGCCAUCCGUCAUCACUGCAAAGGGAGUUGGAGAGCCAGAGUUUAAGGCCCUUGUGUUUGCUUCUGAGGAAAAUUGCUUCGAGUUUUUAAAAGGCUUUCCAGAACCCUUCCAAAGGUCAUACUGUAUUUGCUUCAGACCAUCACAGGGAGGACUCGAGAGUAGCAAGCCCCACUUUAAAGUGGAUGGCAAACCUUUCUUCUCCUGCCCCGACUGUUUUCUCAAAUGCUCCCUGUGGAAUACUGUUACUGAUUGCAUUCUCUGUAUCCUCCCUGGACUUGAGAUAAUUUAUUCAAUUUACGACGACUCGCCGAAACCCAUUUUCUCUCCUGUCCUUGUUAUUUAGCUGUUCGGAAUGUUUUUAGAAAGAUAAUAUUUUUGCUUCUCAGUGGGUCUUUAUGAAACCCACAUGGCAUUUUAAAUAAGCAUAUUUUUUACAGAAGGACAUAGUAUUAGGUGAUAAAAGAAAUCCCCGUUUCCUAACCGGUUCAUAAAUUUAUGGGUACUUUAAACAAGUAAAACAUACGAGGAACAGUAAAUGCCCAGUGCUUUUCAUAUAGAGAUUGACAAUCAAAAUGUAGUAUUUCUUUGGGAAAUAAGUGUCACCCCCGCCACCCGUCAUUUGAAUCAUAGCGCCUUUAAAAAGCAAUAGUAAAUGUGCUCUUCAGAGAUUUACACAUUUUUGAAAUUGUCCUAUGAAUUUAUUAUGUUUUCUAAAUAAUUAUCUUUUCCUUUGUUGUCAAGUUAUCCUGAUCUAUCUACUAAAUUUGGGGGUAGUGGGGGAUGUUUUAUUAAGGCAUAUUAACUUUUUUUAACCAAAGCUUUCUGAAUAUGACCAGCCUCAGGUGCUAGUGCUUUAAAGAGCAACUAAACUUAAUUUCAGUGUCCAUUGGCAAGAUAAUAAGUUAAUCUUCUCUAAGGGUGAGAGAGAUGUUAAACACAAAUAAGGGUUCCCCUGGUAAAAAUGAAUUUAGUGUGUACCUAAAGUUGCUCUACUCUCAGUGGUAAUCACAUAACCGUGCCGUUGCUCUUAGAGGGAAGUUUGGAGCUAAAUCGAGUUACCUUAAUGAUGCUCUUCAGUCUUUUUGAGAGAGGGGUCUCAAUCGUAUGAGCAAGGCGUACUGAUUGUAUAGGAAAAAAAAAUAUAUUAGGCAUGUUCUGUUAAAUAGAGGAACUGGUACUAGGAUCUAAAACCAGAAACUCAGUAAUCUGUUGAGUUGAAAAUAUAUCCUCGUCAAUAGUUUUUAUUGAGUGCUUACUGGGUGCAGAGCACUGUCCUUAGCGCUUGGGAGAGUACAAGAUAACAGAGUCGGUAGAGAUAUAUGCGACGUUUUUUCAGAAAACGCUAGGACAUGAGACAGAGCAUCCCGCCUGAUAGGGAUAAAUCCAGAAUUAACAUUUAAGACCUAAAUCUUCAACCAGAUUGCUUCAGGAGACACACGUGUGCCACCAAAAUUACAUCUCAUACCUCUUUUUGAGCUUGUGUAAAUAUGGCCUAGUUAGAAAUUUUUCAUUUUAAUGUUGUGGUAAUGUUGACACUAUUUCACUGCUUGUAUCAGAUGGAAGAUUUGUCCUUGGUCACCACAGAAACCAAGCUGCAGUCUGAAAUGUUUUCCCCGCAAUUUAGAAACGCUGGGGGAAAUGCAGUCUCGCACUGGAUCUUUGGGUCUUGAUUUUGGAAACCGCACGCCCUUAGGUAUCUAACAUCCUCAUUCACCCUUUUGUAGCUUAAGGAUAAGAUGACAUAAGACACUGCUCUGAGUUUGGUUGUUCUUUAUACAGUUUGUAUAUCAUAGUAUGGAUACCCAGGUCUAUAUGAAUGUGUGGGUGGUUUUUGUGUGUAUGAAUGUGUAUCCGAUGGGCGUGAGUGCGUGGCUGCUUCUAGGCUACUAAGUGUCAAUGGAAUAAAGAAAAUGUAUCAAAAAACUUAAGUCAAAAAUAGAAGGUGGAGGAAAGAUUUAUUCUAUACAAAGCCUUGUCUGGACCACUUUAGAGAGACUUCUAUUUUUUUAACCCUUCUAUAAAUAUUUGAUGGCACUUGAAAUAUUCCUGCAAUAAAAUGUGAUUUGUGUAAA